GGCGACGGACCUCCGCUUUGCUCGUCGGAAGUCAGCCUUUUCUUGUGCAAUAAAUUUGGAUCACAAUAUAACAAUCUUUCCAGCACUUGAUAUUCGAGUCAAGAAUGUUGCAAGGACCUACUCCUUAGAACAUAAAGGGGAAAGCGAUCUUUUCAGCCAAUUAUUUGCUCUCUUACAAUUGGACAUACAGAAUGGUGAUGGUCUUCAUAGGGAGCUUGCAUCAUGUACAGGAGCAAUACAAACGUGUGUCAGCCAACAUACGUCCAACGAAGAACAGAAGGAUCCAUUGUUGCUGUAUCCCCCACCCCCCACCCAGUCGCCAUCAGCCAUCAUGCAGAACGAGGAGGGUAAGAUGUUGGACCUAUACGUCCCCAGGAAGUGCUCUGCCACGAACAGGAUCAUUACUGCCAAGGACCAUGCCUCAGUCCAGAUCAACAUUGGGCACUUGGAUGAGAAUGGGUUGUAUGAUGGGAGCUUCACCACAUUUGCUCUCUCUGGAUUCGUCCGUGCUCAGGGUGAUGCCGACAGUUCUUUGGACAGGCUGUGGCAGAAGAAAAGGGCUGAGAUCAAGCAGUAGAUGAAUUUACAUGGAAGGUUUCUCUUUCGGUAGACCUGGAAGUAUUGUUAGUAAACCUUGAAGAAUUUGCAGUGGAUGUUUGUCUUAUUAUAUUACCUAUACUAUGUAUGAAUGGUCAAUGGCGGAGUUAUCUCUUUGGGUUGCCUUGUGGCCUA